AAACAUCUAAAUUUUUUUUAAAUAACAAGCAAUUUUAUAUUGGAAAAAUAUACCAACAUAUAAUUUAAAGUGUAACCAGGCGACAACUAUUAGGCUGACUGUUUUUUGGUAUAUCUCCUCGAUUUUAAAAAUGUAUUAUAAAAAUUAAUCCUUCGGUCACACCAAGAUACAUAAGUUCAAUAAAUCGAUGUUUCGGUAGUGCGAUCAAAACACGCAGAAUUUAAUUCUUAAUGUUAAGUUAAACUUUAAAAUGUUGAAGAGCGGAAAGCUGUGGAUUCCGCGGCUAAGCCGCUCCUACACAGCCAAGUCAAAGCGCGUUGUCCUGGGUCAAGACACCACCAAGAUUAAGAAUUACGAACCCAAAAUAUCGGCGACACAUGAGAAUCGCGUGUAUGUUUGGGGUUUCCAGGAAACCGGAGCCCUCGGGCUGCAAAGGAACAUCAAAAAGGCUCAGGAACGUUACACAGAAAUGGUGCAUCAUCCAACGCGGCUGCAAUUCUCCAAUAACAAUGAUAUAACUGAUGUAACUACUGGUUACGGCUUUACAGCUUAUGCCGUUAAUCGCUCCGACGGCGAAACGCUCUUCGGUAGUGGCCUCAAUACAGACUGCCAACUAGGCUUGCAGCCUAAGCCCAAGAGCAAGGAACCCGCCAAUCUCGAUGUCAUUAUCUAUCCCACGGCCAUAAAGUUACCACGUGAGGCAGGCGACACGGAUGAAGGGAUGAAGGUUCGCAGCAUGUCCGCUGGACGAGCUCAUCUCGUUGUGGUUACUCAGAAUGGAGCUGUGUUCACGUUGGGCAACAAUUCCUAUGGUCAAUGUGGUCGACCAAUCAUCGAAGAUGAAUGCUACACACGCAGUGCGGUUAUACACAGAAUACCACAGGCGGACAUCUGUGGCGAACAGGAUGAGAUCGUAAGCGUCGAAUGUGGACAGGAUCACACCAUGUUCCUAACCAAGCUGGGCAAGGUUUACACUUGCGGCUGGGGAGCCGAUGGCCAGACAGGACAGGGCAAUUAUUACUCCGCUGGAGUCAUCACUCUCAUCGCUGGCGACAUUGAGAAGGAGCGAAUUGUGCGCAUUGCUUGCGCAUCAGACUGUGUGUUGGCCCUGAACGAACAUGGCGAUGUCUUUGGCUGGGGCAACUCGGAGUACGGUCAGCUGGACGAUUCGCCAGAUGCGGAAAUGCAAAUCAACUCUCCGCGGGCGCUGCAGCUGACAAAAGGCAUUGGCAAGGUGAAAGAUGUGGCUGCGGGGGGCUCCUUUUGCAUGGCACUCAAUGAUCAGGGUCUGGUCUACACCUGGGGCUAUGGCAUCUUGGGCUUUGGUCCCUUCGUGGAACAGACUUCAAGGCCACAGCAUCUGCUACCACCGCUCUUCGGACGCAAUGACUUCAGCAAUGCAACCACAGUUGUGUCGAUUGGCUGUGGCGUGUUUCACAUGGGCGCCGUCAACUCGGAUGGUGACUUAUUUAUGUGGGGCAAGAAUCGAUUCGGGCAUCUGGGUUUGGGCCACAAGAAGGAUCAGUUCUUUCCCUUUAAGACGGCCAUCAAUGGCAAGGUGACGAAGGUAGCUUAUGGCGUAGAUCACACGAUAGCUCUAUGUCGACCUCAUAUAUAA